AUGGGUGGAUCACUGAGAUAUGUGUGUAAUAGUAGGCGUCAUAUCUGUUAUGCACUGAGUGUCAUUAGCAGAUUUAUGCAUGAUCAAAGGAAACCUCAUUUGAUAGUUGCAAAGAGGAUACUUAGAUAUCUCAAAGGGACUUUGGAAUUUGGUUUGCUAUUCCCUAUUGGUACAAACAGUGAAGAGAGUGCUUUAAUAGGAUAUUCAGAUAGUGACUGGUGUGGAGACAUAACUGAUAGGAGGAGUACAUCAGGUUAUGUUUUCAAAUUCAAUAAUGCUGCAAUCUCAUGGUGUACAAAGAAACAAGCAGUGACUGCACUCUCAUCAUGUGAAGCUGAGUAUAUAGCAGACACGUUUGCAGCAUGCCAAGCAAUUUGGUUGAAUUCAGUAAUGAAGGAGAUCAAAUGUGAACCAGUGAAGCCUCUAAUUCUUAGGAUUGAUAACAAGUCUGCUAUAAGUCUUGCUAAAAAUCCAAUCUCACAUGGCAAGAGCAAACAUAUUGCUACCAGGUUUCAUUUCAUAAGAGAACAAAUGACAAAUGGAAUGAUUGAGGUACAAUAUUGUCCAACUGAUGUGCAGCUUGCUGAUGGUUUUACUAAAGCAGUAAAACUUGACAGGUUUGAGUUUUUAAGAAGGAACUUAGGCUUGGUUACUUGUGCAUCAGUUAUGAAUUAA